AUGAGCUCUGGGACGUUAUCCCAGGCUGGGUCAGAAUAUUCCAACACCCCGCGGUUGCCAGCAACCAACAUCACCUGGGUUAGCCAGCCGUCCCAAUCCUUUGAUUGGCAAGGAAUGAUCCUAGAUUUGGCUAAGGUUCCAGUCUCUGCCGGUUCUUCGGGUAGCGACAGCUUCGCUCGGAAUCACUGGUCAGAUCUUCGAAUUUUCGGCAGCUUCGGUCAGCUUCACGGCGGGUGA